UAAAACAGCGAGAAGAAGCGGCGCAGAAAACGUUGACCGAAUUCGCCGUAAAGCGCCGAUAAAAAUCGCAGAAGCGCACCGAUGGCGCUUUAAAGACUCCGGCGGCGCGUCGCGGGACUUCAAUAUCUACAUUUAUCGCGUUUAAAACGGCAGACUGACGGAACCGAGCUCGAGCCGCCGGUACCGGUCCGAACCUCCGCCGAUAUGCCGAGCAAGAAGAAGAAAUACAACUCCAGAUUCCCACCGGCCAGGAUAAAGAAAAUCAUGCAGACGGAUGAAGAAAUAGGCAAAGUGGCGGCUGCUGUUCCAGUCAUCAUCUCUCGCGCUCUUGAGCUGUUCCUGGAGUCUCUGCUGACGAAGGCCUGCCACGUCACCCAAUCACGUAACGCCAAAACCAUGACAACAUCACACCUUAAACAGUGCAUAGAACUGGAGCAACAGUUUGACUUCCUUAAGGAUUUGGUGGCAACGGUGCCUGACAUGCAGGGGGAGGGGGAGGAGAACCACAUGGAGGGAGCGGAGAAGAUCCCACGCAGAGGUCGUAAGCCCGGAUCGGGACGCAAGAACGGCGGCACCGGCGCAAAGGCCAGAGACAAGAAACUGUCUGGAACCGAAUCAGAGCAGGAGGAUGAGUCCGAUGACAGCGAGUCUGAUGUUGAGGAUGAGGAGGAGGAGCAGCAGCAGCAGCAGCAGCAGCAGCAGCACACGUCCCACACCAGCUCUGGACUCUUUCACAGUCAGGACACGACUCCUCAGUACACACCCAUCGGAGCCCAGCCGGGCGUCCACAGCAUGCCGGCCUUCGCCCCUCACCCAUCACUCAUGGGCAUGGCCCCGCCCCCUUCAGCUCCCCUGCCGCAGAAGAACGAAGACGAUGACGACGAUGAAGAUUACGACUCAUAGCUCAGUUUUACAUUCAUUUUCUUCAGUUCUUUUUGGCAGUGUGAGGUACAGAAAGGAGUUUUUGCUCGUCAGCAGAGCUCACAGCUGUCACGCCGCCACAUCACGGGAAGAUGAAUUGCUUCAAUAUUAGCUGUUUUAAUUUUUUUUAACUCUUAUUUUAUCGUUAAGGAACAGUUACGGUAAACAGGAGAUCGGCACCUCGUAAUUCCCCUCAGUUUUUCUUUUUUUUUGGAGAAUGACCCUUAAAGCAAGAACGUGGUUUUGUAGAACUACCCCAAGUACUUUUCGUCCUUUUUUUUGCACUUUUGGUUGUAGUUCGUCGGUCUUUUCCUCCUCAAGCAAUCACUCAUUUUCGUUGUGAAAGGAAACCCUUUUGGGUCAUUCAUAGGAGAAAUUUGCUUUGGUUUCAUAGGCGAAUGUUACAGAGCGGCCCGAGGCGUCAUUGCUGUUAGCAAAUUCUUUGGUUAUUUUUAUUUUGUGAAUAUAUAUUUUUAAAGCUAGUUUUACGAUUCCAGUGUUUUCUCUGGGUUUUCUGUGCUAAACUUCGUCACAAACAACAAUCCGUUGACGUUUCUCUGCUUUUCUUCUGUUUCUUGGAUGAAAAUGUCUUUAUUUCAAAGCGUGUCAUGGAUGAUGUUUUAAAGGUUUUUGUUUCUUCUGAAUCACCGUUGAUGAUACACAUUUCUAUAAACCGUUUCUCUCUUCUUUUAUAACUUUUAGACUCUUUUUAAUGUUUGCUGUGUUGUUGGAGAGACGCGUGGCUUUCUCAUGUCUAAAUGUGAACAGUCAAGGCUGUAUGUUGAAUUUUAACAUUCUCUUGAUUUUGUACGAGUGAAAUAAAAUGUGAGGUUUCAGUAUUUUGCUCCUUUAAUACGGCUUUAAUCCAUUUGUUUCUAGAAUCGAGGUCUUGCAUUUCCAACAUCACAUUUUUAAGGCUCAGGUUGUCCGCUUGACUCAUUUUGGCUCCUCCACGUGUCACCAAAGUGUUUCAUGAUCUGUUGCAUUACUGGCUGCUGGGAGGAACACGUUCGCAUCACGUUUCCCCCUAAAAUAAAGCACAUGCCUUUGA